AGACGUUCAUCAUAUUUUUUCAAUUCGCAGACAUUUUCGUAAUCAUAUUAUCCUUCCCGUAGGUUAUAUCUGAAGCUCUCCACCAUCAACAUGAUAUCCCCGAUGGAUAUAAUUGAUUAAUUUUGUGUGUUUAAACUUAUGCAGUAUUUUUCUGAAGAACAUGAAUUUCCAGGAACCAUAGUUAGAACUGAAAGCCCCAUUUAUGGCUUUUUAAUGCAUGGUUUUAAUUUUAGUCCAGAUGAGCCAACAGCGUUGAUUCAAUGGGAAGGAGGCCCCUGUGCAGUUUUGGCACCAGUGCAAGCCUUUAUCUUAAAGUCCUUGGUCAAUUCACCCAGUGCAUCAAAUUGGCAACAGGUCAGACGGAACGAAAACCAUGGGAACGAAGAGGGAAUUGACUUGAGAAAUUCCUAAUUGUAUCAUCCUGAGAUCCUCCUCGAUGUCCUUUAAGGAUAAAAAGGGGUCUAGCCUCGAGGUAGCCAUUAACCUUUAGCCUUUAUCCUCGAGUUAGCCGAGAACCUUUAGAAGCAGGAUACCUACCACAAUUUUGAACCUAUUUGAUUGAAAUCAAAAAGUAUCGAAAAGUAUCAAAACUUACAAUUUUUUAUCUGAAAAAUAUGGGCUCAAGUCUCAUUAAUGAGUCGUGUAUUGUCAUUCAUGAGGGUACAUUUUAAGUUU